AGGGUUGAUUCCUAAUUCCUAUUUAUGCUGAUACUCCCUAAAUCGCAAUUUAACGCUAAUUAACCAAAAGGAAAGGCAAAAAGUAAAGUUAUAUAAUCUUUUUCAUUAUAAUCCCGCUCGUUACCAUUCUCCGAGGCAAAUCAAGAGAAGAGUCUCCUUUUUCAUCAUCCCCUGAGAGAAAAGAACAAAAUCAAAAACUUUUCCGGCCAUGGAUCCCGACGAUCCCACUUCCAUAAUCUUCAAAAAGAUCAGAACUUUAGAACCAGACAACGCCCCCAAACUCAUUGGCUACUUUCUAUUGCAAGACAUGGAACAAACCGAUUUGAUUCGUCUUGCUUUUGGUCCCGACACUCUCUUACAGACUUUCUGUCGUCAAGCCAAAUCCGUUUUAGGUCUUUCCUCAAACGGAAACCAUAUCUCGAGACCCCAUCACCACCAGCCAUUGUCUCAGUCUUCUCCAAGUAAUGGGUUCUUCGACUUCUCUAGAAACCCUAACCCUAACUUCGAUUCUAGCCCAUUUCGUGACGGCGAGGAGCAACAGUUAAGCAAUCGCUUGUCGUUUCCCGACGAAGAGGAUCCGUUUGCUAGUUUGCACAAGAGGAGUUUCUCUGCAGACGGCGAACCAGAGGAACCAGGGUUUGGAGUUGGAGGAGGAGGAGCCGGUUAUCGGUUUCCACAGACCGGUUUAGUUGAUUGGUUCGAUUCAUCUGGUGUUGAGAGUGGCUACGUUUGCUUACAGAGAGAGGGGAUGAUGAGGAUGAAGUUAGCUCAGCAACAGAGAAUGGCUCAGCUCAUGGCGCUAAGACAAGGAGAAGAAAGUGGUUACUAUUACAGUCCAAGUGGGCAUGAGAGAGAUGACUCAGUCUCUAGACAGAUCUACUUGACAUUUCCAUCUGAAAGCUCAUUCACUGAUGCAGACGUCUCCUCUUAUUUCAGUGACUUUGGAGCUGUGGAAGAUGUGAGGAUACCAUAUCAGCAGCAAAGGAUGUAUGGGUUUGUUACUUUCUCUAAUGCUGAAACUGUGAGGAUCGUAUUGGCUCGAGGCAACCCUCAUUUCAUCUGUGACUCACGUGUGCUUGUUAAACCGUACAAGGAGAAAGGAAAGAUCCUUCAAAACAAGUGGCAACAGCAGCAACUUCAGCAGCUGUUGGAGAGAGGGAACUACUCUCCUUCAAGUCCUUCUGAAAUGAAUCUCUAUGAAUGUCACCUGGGUCCAAGGAUGUUUUCAAGGAACACACAAGAGAUUAUGAGAAGGAAAGCUGAUGCACAACAUGCCAUUGAAGUAGAACUCCAAAGAAGAAGGUUCUUGGCUCUGCAAUUGCCUGGGAGGGAGAAUGAGUCUGUUCAUCAUCUCCAGCGUAGUCUUUCUAUCGGCUCUCCUUCUCAUCUCCCACCUCGGUUCAACCAUAGUCUUCUCUUUCAACCAGAAAGCAGCAUGGAAGAAACCACAGAAGGUGAUAGUGAUAGAGGUGAAAGCCAUCUUCAUCUAGUACCAAACAACAACAAAGUAUGCGGAUACAGUAACGAGUUCCACAACAGGCAAGAGACAAGUCCGGAGAAUACUCUUCCUGAUAGCUUGUUUGGUUUCCCUAUUAAGUCUGAAGAAACACUCCAAACUGAGUCUGAUACCAAAGCAGAGGAAUGGGCUCACUCACUAUAGGUAGAAAGAAACAAGUGUACUGAUUGAAAGAGAGGUAAAGACUGAUAAAAGAUGGAAGUAGAAAAGAAAUUGUGUAUAUAUACCAAAGCUUAAGAGGGGUUUUUAACAUGGAAACACAAGAGAAAAGGUUAAAGAGAUCAGUCAAGCUUUAGGAUAUUAUGUAAUCAACAAAAAGCUAUUAUGACUAACCUCAGACAACAUAUGGAGGAUGAUCGGAUCAACACAGUAACUGGAACUCUAAUUAGAUUUUCUUUUAGUUUUUUUGGGUCCUAGUUCUAGUGAUGGGCAAAAGCUGCAUCUGUUAGUUUUUACCAUGAUUGUAUAAGAUACGUGUGCUUUCUUGGAACUCACUUUCAAAAAAGGGUCAGUGGCACAAUUCACAAAGCCUUGAGGA